AAACAGUCGGUGCGCGACCAUCUUGUCAAAACUGGAGUCAGUGACAACAAAUAUAUAUUUUAAAAUGUCCUAAAUCGCUUGUAAUGACUUAACGGUAGUUCUGUAUCUAAUAAAGUAUAGUGUAUAAUUGAUUUAUGUGCUGUUUCCGACACGGAUACUAUUUAUUUCGCUCAAAAAUUCGGGUUUGCGUUGCGUCAAAUGACGUCAUGUGUGUGAUACACGUAUUGCUGCCGAGUUCAUAAUACAACAUGCAAGAACAGGACGUCGAUGGUGAGCCGGCGCACCACGCGCGUCGGCCCAUGAACGCCUUCCUUAUAUUCUGCAAACGACACCGGAGCGUCGUGCGCGACAAAUACCCGAACUUGGAGAACAGAUCUAUCACAAAAAUUCUCGGCGAGUGGUGGGCCAAUUUGGACAAAGAAGAGAAAGCUUGCUACACAGGUCUUGCUAAACAGUACAAAGACGCAUUCUUCAGCGCCAAUCCAGACUUCAAAUGGUACAAGUUGCCCGCACCGCCUCUACGCACUCUUUCCUCGCGUCCUCGAGAAUCCACUGAAAAACCUAUAGAGUCCCUCAACAAUGAAUACCAAGAAAAUGAAUUGGAAAAAACAAAUAACAAUUCUACUAAAUACGACUACAACAAAAAAUCAAGUGAUAAUGUCUCUGAGAUUGAAACAAAACCGCUGUCGAUGUUCACGCCUGGCAAGUUAGCGGACGAAGCUCAAAUGGGAGGACUCAGUAGCCUCCUAGCUACUAAGACUGAAGUUCAAACUCCCAACCCCUACUACUCACCCCCUUCUUAUAAAUAUAACGCGAUCUCAACUCCAAUCGAAUACAGAUCUCAAAACACUGUAGACCGUACGAAAUCCAACAGGGAAGACAGUAUACGGGAAUUACAGAAUGCUCUCACUGAAACCACUAAAAUGUUUGAAGAAGACUUUGAAGGGAAAGAAAAGCUGUACCGCUGUACUGCAGCUAACGAGCCAUUAACCAACCAAGACGUUAUUGACCAAAUAGUUGAUAAACGAUAUUCUAAAGAGGAAGAAGGAUGUCAGAAAAGCUUGUCAGAGGACGACGAAAAGAAUUCGAAAUCCGGCAGAUCGUGUAAGGGGAAGAGGUAUCAAGAGUUUAUGGCUGUUGGGGGACUAAUGAACAAGAGGCAGAGGAGAGAUGGCAAUGACAGUAAUCCAGACGAGGACUACAAUGCUUCUAGUAGUUGCGAUCCUGGAUCGUCACUUGAGGAAUCGAAAGUAACUGAAGAUAUGCAAAACAGCUCCCUAAACGAUGUGUCCGUCGAUAUCGAACUUAAAGAGGAACAAAACGACACGCCCGAUCCCGACAAUAAUGCAAACAAAACAUUCAAGGCUGCUGACUUCGACUUAGACGCUAAAAUUAGAGCGCUACCCUCCCUUAGCUUAGAAAAGUUUCAGCAGAAGAAACGCGACAACAAGCGCAAAAAAAAGACGAUAAAUCUGAAGCCAAAAGCGCUCGAAUCGUCACAGAUAAUAAACUCCGUUCUGCGUCCAGUAUUGGAAGAAAGACGCGACACGGCCGAGAAUUGGCGGGAAACCGUCAUAGGAAGCCAGAAGCGUAAACCAAGGAAAAUAAGUAUUACAAGGCUCGAGAUCAACAGCUUGGUCUCGAGCAUGGGCAUGAACGGUGGCAAUAAAAUUAGUCCAGAGAUCAAAAUAGCCACCGAGGCUCCUUGCACCGUCGUUCACAGCAUGGAGAUUUGCAACCAGACGCCCAGCAACGUGGACCUGUUCGCGCUCGCCACGCUGGCCGAGGUCGCGUCCAACACCUCCAAGAUAGAGGACACGGAUAUCAACGCCAAAGCGAACGGUGACAACGCUUCCCAGGUAUAAAAUACCAUCACAACUAGCCUUAAUGAGAUAUUCCAAAAAUUAUUUACUUUAUAAUCAGAUAAUAUUUAUAUAUAGAUCUACUUUUACAUUGUACGCAUAAAGAUUAAUAUGAUUGUACACUUUAAUUGUAGUUUUUAUAAAUUAGAGAUAGAAUUUAUUUAUAUUAAUGGUAAAAUAGAGAACUAUAUGUAUACUUAGGUUGAAUUUGACGUUUAGGCUGCUAAAAACUGCUUUUUAGAAAUAAAACAUGGUGAUAGAUAGGAUAUAUAUUUAAUGUUACAAAUUAUCACAGAAAUAAAAAAGCAUAAUCUAUUUACGUGUAAUUUUGAAACAAAAAUAAAAAUAAUAAGAUUAUUAACUCGAUGCGGUUUACAGCGUUCUUCUUUACCAAAUUGUCAAUUAAUGAAAAUUUGUUAAUAAAAAGAAUAUACUGUAUUCUAGCCAUUCAUCACAAUAUAAUUUUUAAAAAUGCCAAAAAAUAAGUCAUACAUAUAAAUUGAAUAUUUUUUAACCUCAUUAUGUAUAAAGUUAGGUUAUGAAAUCGCCUUAAUACAUUAGAACAUAGAUCAAUAACUAAGACACCACGUGCAUAGACUGCAUUGCAUUUUGGAGGUGAUUAACUGUUAUGUUUAUAUGAUUGCUAUGUGCAAUUGUAUAUUAUUGUAUACCUAAUAUAUUAGAGACAUUUUCACUAAUGUGAUUUCAACUAAAAAAAGCAUAAAUAUGAUCAUUAGUUUUAACCUUAUAUCGAUAUUGAUAUUAUGUGUGGUAUAAAAUUAAUAAUCAAACUACAGACGUGGGUCGCUCUAAAGGCUACGCGUCAUAUUAUUGAGGGUCAAACCCCCAAUAUAUCCCUUGUGAUAACUUUCGAGUAGUUUUAGCAGAAAAAACAUAUUUUUCAUUUUAAUUUAUCGUUCCUCGAUCACUCGUUAAUGUGUCAAAUUAUCCUCUAACUACACUCUGAUCUAUUUUCGACGCUACGUAAGAAAGUAAUGUCCCCAAUUAGGUACCUGAAGUUUGUCGAAAAUUUUCAUGAAUUUCACUUAUAAGAAAAAUCAUUGCAUCUUUUUUUAUUUAAGCUAUUUUUAAUAAUCUUUAAUUUUACACCGUUCGUAGUUUAGUUAUUAAUUUUUUUGUGGAACAGUGUUUCUCAAAUUUUGUUCAUGUUUUUUAUUUUUAUUUUGAUGAAUUUAUUUAAGGCUUCUGUGAUUCUAAACAUUACAUAGAAAUUUAUAAACAGAAUGUUAAUGGUGCGAAGCGUUUGUCGAUGGUCUAGUCUAGAAUAGUAUUUUAAAGAAAUAAUCAAGUACUAAAUUCGAAAAGUGCACUUAUAUUAUUUAAAGUUACAAACGAUGACAUAAGCCAUAACGUGACAUGCUCACCCAAAGACCAAAUGUAUUUAGUAUAGACAAGCUAGGCUGUAGGAUUACCAUACAUGUAAAAAAUAAUUAGUAUAUAAAGAUAUAGUAUUUUAAUUGUAUCUAGUACUUGUAUUACAAGUUAAAUGAUUUGGCAUUCCGAAAUUACAGAUUUUAUCCUCUUUUUUUUAAGUAUAUAAAUAAGUUUGAAUUUUUGUUAUUUCUUCUUCGGGAAGCUUAAAUCUAUUGUUGAUUUUUUAUUAUUAUUUUAUAAUAUAGUUCUAUUUAUUGUUGCGUUCUCGGUAAAAGUGGCGAGCUUCUGAUGGUUCCUUAAUGAGAUUUAUCGCUGAACUGUAUGGGGUUCGGAUAUUAAAAUAAACAUUUAUACCAAUCAUCUUAUGAAUAUAAUUUUUGCCUUGUUGAAAUCAGAGCCUUAUUUUAAAAUAGUAGGGUUAAGAUAUAUAUUACGAAGGGGCCAUACGCGGAAGGAUAAUCAAAUACGUAUAAAUAAAUUUUGAAUAUGUAUAUAUAUACAUUUUUUAAACAAAAAAUAUUAGAGCUUACAUUUUAAUUCUCGUAAACAUAAAACCUGUGGAGUGGUAUAAAAUAUUGGUGCUGGCAGAUCUGCAUUAAUUUAAGGAAUGUUCUUCAUUUUGUAGCGUCCUACGGCGAGGGUUAGAGAUUAUAGUCAAAUUACUUUUUAAGAUGUAAAACUAAAUAGUUGCAAAUGUAAUUGUGUUGUAAAUAAAACAAAGACUUCAUACACAGCACAAUAACUUGCAACAAUAUUUUUUUUAUCAAUAUUAUAUCGAACUAUCAUAACUAAGUUUAUUAUAUAUAAUGAAUUUAAAAAAACGAACUAGUUCGAUUUGAAUUGAGAAUAUUUUUUGUAGAUAUUUAAUGUUUUAAUUGGUUUGAGAAACACUGGUCUUUAUUUGUUGUAGGGCAUAAUAAGUCGGCACCCAAAGUGUUAAGUUGGUUCCAAAGUGUUUGUUGAAUGUUUUGUUACACGCCAAUGCGGUUAAAUAUAUAUCCCUUUAUGUAGUAAUAAAGUUUAUUCAUAUUAACAA